AUGGUUUACCCUGAUAUGGCGCCAAGCUUGUUGAAGGUUGCCUUCUAUAUCCUCCUCCUCCUCCUCCUCCUGCUUUCUUUCCAUGUCGACCAUGCAAUGAGCACGAACGACUAUAUUGACAGCCGCUGCAGCAUCACUACGAAUUACACGGAUGGAAGCACGUUUGAAGUAAUUAUGCGCAGCCUCUUCUCCACCUUCACCAACGACCCCGUCGACUCUUUUCCUAGUUUUUCCAAAGCCACACUGGUUAAUGGAUCUGAUACAGUCUAUGGCCUGGUGCAGUGCAGGGGUGACAUUGGCCAGGAUAGCUGCAAGGAGUGCAUCUCUAAUUCCACCCAACAAGUCAUCAAAUACUGCCCCAACGCAAUGGAUGCCAUCGUGUGGUAUGAAAAGUGCCAGUUGCGCUACUCCAAUACCAACUUCUUUGGUCACCUUAAUGUCAAGGAUUAUGGUUCUUGGAAUUGGAUCGAUGAUAAAAUGGAACACCCCAAAGCUUUUAACGAAAAGUUGGGUAGUCUGCUGAAGAAUCUCACUGAUCAAGCGACAACAGUGCCUAAUUCAAUGCUUUCAAUGUUUCCAAUGUCCAUGUUUGCUAUGGGCAACAUCACCUACGAUGAUCUACAGACAAUAUACAGGCUGGUGCAGUGCACCGGGGAUACCAGCCGUGCUGAUUGCAAGCAGUGUUUGAAUGGCACCAGGGAUCUGAAAGAAAGCAACAAUUUAUUAGAUAAAGACAUGAACCCCAAGAUCUCAGAUUUCGGCACUGCAAAGAUCGUUGAGACAGACCAAACACAAACCAAAACACUUGAGAUUUUGGGAACUCGUGGAUAUAUGGCACCUGAGUAUCUUCUUGAAGGAAGGGUGUCAGUAAAGAUAGAUGUUUACAGCUUUGGUGUUUUGCUGCUGGAGAUGUAA